AUGAUGCGUUAUCAUGCUAUGUUAAAGGCUGAAUAUCGGGAGUUCGUAAACCCCUCGAAGUGUGCAACGUUGAAUGAGUUAAUCGACUGGGCAAGAGAUAGGGAGAUUGAGUUAAGAAGGCAGGUUGAACGGGGAGAGAAAAGGGUGGCGUUGAAACCUACCAACACAAACCCAUCGAAAAAGGCAAAAUAUCAAGAUCAAAAUAGGAAAGGGAAGACAAGUAGUGGGAUUCCGACUUGCAAGACAUGUGGGAAACAUCAUUCGGGUGAAUGUCUGUUGGGAAAGGAAGGAUGCUACAAAUGUGGGCAAGAGGGACAUCCGUAUUAUAGGUGCCCCGAAAAGUCAAAAGCGUGUUACAAUUGUAAUCAAACGGGGCACAUUAAAGUAGAAUGUCCGAAACUCCAACAAGGGGCAAAGAAAGAUGGAAAGAAGGAUGAGUCUUCCAAGGCUCGUGGGAGAAUGUUCCAGUUAACCUCGGAUGAAGCUAAGGCUAGCCCGGAUGUGGUUUCAGGUAGAUUCUUGGUUAAUUCUAUGCCUAUGAAUGUUUUAUUUGGUUCCGGGGCUAGUAGAUCGUUCAUUUCUAAUGAAUUGUUAGUUCAUCCAUCGUUUAAGUUUGAAAAGAUGUUAGUACCCUUAGAAGUGGAAGUUGCUGAUAGUAAAAGUUAUUUGUUACAUGAUAUUUUUAGAAACUGUAAGAUCUUAAUCGAAGAUGAGGAAUUUAGUAUAGACCUUGUACCGAUGUACAUGGGGGAAUUUAAAGUAGUUGUAGGAAUGGAUUAG